GAGAUUCUGCCCAAGUCAGAGAUUGUCAUCAUGCGAGAGGCGCGGGAACACAAGCGCUUGGGGGGUGCGGACUCCACCGGCGUGGCGUGUGGCCAGGGCAUCGUCCAGCGGCUGCGGGAGGAGCUUCCGGUCCUCUAUGAGGAGGAGAGCGAGCAAGCUGUAGCCCUGCAGGAGCUGGAACAAAUCCGCAUCGAUACCUCCUCGGUGGAAGACGAGUGGUGGGGCCCAAUGAUGGGUGAGACCUUUGAGGAGAUCGACGAAAACUUAGAGGCUUUGAUGAAGCGCUUGCGGAGGACGAAAGGCUCUUUGGUGGGUGGCGGAGCCGUGGCGGUGCUGGUGGGCCACUCCUACAUCAUCCGAACUAUCUUCGACGCCUAUCUCAUGAAGGGUGCUUCGACUCAGUACCGUUCGCUGCGCUCCAAGUUGGUGCCUUGCUGCGGGGUGGUGGCCGCCAGGAUUGCCUGGGAUGAGAAAGGCUUCCCUUCCAUCAAAGAGGCCAUGCCCUUGUUGCAGACCAAGCUAGAGCAACCUGAUCCGAACGACCCGGAAGGAGGACACCGAGCCAGUAGUUGCACCUGCGGACGGAACAAGGUGGACCUCCCCUGUGUCCUUUCCUGA